AUGAAGUGCGUAUUAGUUGUGCACAGUGGAGAUGAUCGCAUGAAGCGCUCCUGCGACCUUCCUGAUGGAGUGUCCACCCAAAAGCAGCUGCGGACCUUUGUGCAGUCCCAGGACCUUCGACUCGACUCAGUGGACUUCACCCUCGCUGUUAGCCUGGUAGAGGUGGCGACGGCGAAGAAAGGGCAAAAAGUUGUCCUGCGCAGUGAUGCGGAUGUUCAGCAGCUGCUUAAAACGGCGGCUCAGCAGCGGACCACUCACAUUCUCACUUUUGAUGCUACCAUUUCUGGCAGCGCCGCCUCGCCUCGGAGCCUCGGUAGCCUCCUGUCUAUGGAGUACGCGGUCGACAAGGACUUGGUAACGCUGCACGUUUUUUCGCCACCCACCUGCCCGUCCCGUGCUAACAGCCCGAGCCACCGCGAGAAGACCUUCAUCAUACCCACAAGGUUUGUGCUGGCAAGUCUGGCACGGGCCGUCGAGGACACGCUGAGUAUUAGCCCCACAAAGGAGGGAAUGAAGCUGGUACUGUACACGAUGCCACAGCAGCACAGCGGUGACCCCGUCGAAAUCAUAGACGACACGGCUGCUCUGCGGCUGCUGCGCCAGCACGCGUCGCAGCGCACACCGGCACGACUCACCUACGGCACUCGCAUGCAAACUCCCAAAGCGUCGUCGCGCCACAUGAGCAGACGGACAAGUCAGCAGCAGUUCACAGCGCCGCUUGCGCCCUCGCCGUCACCGCUACCUUUAGAUAGCACAGUGGCGAUGAGGAAGCUGAAGCCGCAUCCUCCACCGCUCUCGAAUUUGGUAAGCGAGCCGCCGAGUCCGUCCUCAAGUGAGCCCUCCCAGGCCCCACCAGAGCGGAAGGGCGAGACUUCAUCGUCAUUACCGUCUCGAAAGGUUGCCACCCCAUCCUCGCCUGCGCCACCAUCAUCAUCGCCAUCUGCAGCGGAGGUGGCAUCCUCCUCCGCUGAGUCCUCCAAUACCCUACACUGCGUGUUCCUGCGUGAGGGUACCACUCCUAUUGCAAAGUACGAGACGCGAGUGCAGGUGCGGCCAGCCGCUGCCGCCGUAUGCGAAUUUCGCUUUGUUUACACGAAGGAGGAAAUGAAUCUGUGGCGGCGCUUUGCGGCAGAGUGCGAGUCGGCAGCCGGUGCCGCUACGGGAUCGCAUGUGCCGGUACUCUCCAAUGACUCGUCUGUGUGCCUUGACUCAGAUAGCGUGCUGCGAGAGUGGCUGGCGCUAGCGAAAGAGUCUCAGCAGCCGUUGCGGGUACGCCUCUCACUCCACCACCCCACCCUGCCGCCGCUAGUAAAGGCAGAGUCAUCGGCCGCACCUACGGCAGAAUCGCCUGUUGCUAACCGAGGCGCACUUUCAGCAGAAUCGGCUGCCGCCACUGCCAACACAGGAGAGUCAGAUUCUUCUCCAGCCGGCGAGAAGAAACGGAGGCCUGGCACCGCAGCCCCGGCAGCUUCUUUGCCUCUGUCGCCCCGCAAUGGUGACAGCUCAGAGAGAGGCAGAGUCACGGAGAGACGUGUUGCGUCGUCCCAGCGACGUUCACUCACGUCUCUGCAGGGCGUCUCCACGUCGUCAGAGCCUCUAAACGGAUCACCUACUAAGGUGGACUCAGCAGCAUCGAGUCCACGCCGCUCCCCUCUCUUCUCAGAUGCUACUUCCCCCUCAGAGGGCGCAACACGCGCUAAGGGCGCUACGGCGAAGGUAUCUGAGGAUGACAUUGUCGAAGCGGAUUCGCCACCUCUCGUGAUCUGUACGACGGCAGGCCUCUCCAGUGAUGUCACGACGGCUGCAUGCCUGUCGUGCGUUUGCGAGGACGACGGCGAUGACGGGUCUUCGGUUAGAUUUCAAGUGUCCGCGUGUUGGGGGGCUGAGAAGCGAAUGGUGCUUUGCCGCUUACGUGAAGGUACCGCCUUAGAUGACCUCCGCUGUGCUGCACUCGACACAUUUUGUAACGGCGUUGCUGGCACUGAUGGCGCACCUCCUCUUGUGAUGGAGAUGACCUAUGUAGCUGAGGGGCAGCUCCUCUGCGUACCGCUUGAUGGCGAAUCGCGGCUGCGUGAUCUCCGCGGCAAGCUUUUGGCAGACUCGGCGGAGUUACAUGUCACCGCACCACCGAUUCCGCCACCUCCGCAACUCAGGCAUACGACCAACGGGAAAAGUAGUGACGUGGCGAGGGUUGAAGAGGCUGUCUUGCGGUUGCUUGCAGAUGCGGUUGAGCAGCAUUUCGUUACCUGUCCACCCACCACAAGCGCCGACAUCAGCACCUUUUUGCGUGCUCAGCUAGGCGAGCAGGCGACAACUGAGCCCUUGCGCAGAUUCCUGGACGUCUCCACUGCCACUCCGUUUAACGUUCCCACGUCUGAUCUUGAUGUUGACGCCUCUUCGAGCGCGCCUCUCUUACCGUGGUUCUCCUCUGUGCUUGCCAGGAUGCAGGCGGAGCAGCCGGCAGCUACAGGGGUUUCUCUGGAAGUUGCCUCAUUACUGCUCCGCUCACGCCUCUGCGAUGUUGAUUUUCUGCUUGAUCAGUUUGCUGCUGCCGUUCCUGUUGUCGGUGACGAAGGCGAUGGCAUCGAAGCCCCGAGCACCACGGUUCGGCCAUCUCUCGCCGCCUUAUGGACGGAGGUCGGUCUCGUUACCCCGCAGAGCUCCUCGGCGGCGGCGUGGAAUCCCUUUCGCGCGGCCUACGUCGGUGGUACAGGUGGAUGGAAGGCGGCAUACGCGGCGGCCCCGGCCGCUAUGCUGGACUUGGUGGCCGCCGGGACCAUGGACGGUGUGUGGGCCUUUCCUCGCCGUAGAGACACGCACGCCGACAUAGUGUGGCAGCGCGGUCUCUCCAAGGCCCUCCGUGACUGCUGCGAGUCGAUCAAUCCCACAGAACUGGAGCGGUACUUUAAAUCAGGAGACUGCCCUAAUAGCGAUGAUACACCUGACCACCGCCGCGUUAUCUUGAGCUGCGUUGGUGUGCUGCUGGCCCCACCAUCGGCGGCAGUCGGUGACUAUGCGGAGUGGCUCAAGCAGCACUUCCGAGGCAAGGUGGCGACGGUUCUCUACACAAACAUGGUUGACUAUGACGGCAAUUCCUCCCUUUCCGCCUUCACCGUGACGCAGCUGUCGUGGGUGCUACUUCACCCGCAGCUGCGCCGCGUCGGUGGACCCCCAUCGUCACCAACAACGCUUCACCGACUUCACGAUUGGGCCCUCCUCGCGACAGAGAGUGUAUGCCAACGACGCAACGUGCACUUUCCUCCAUGUCCUUUACUUCACGUUCACACGGCAUCUCCGGUGCCUUUUGCCGGACCCUCUCUUCCAGGAGCAGUCACAGGAAGCGGUGCAGCCACCGACGUGGAGACAGAGACUCAAAUGCCCAGGGUGUCCUCUCGACCACCGUGUGGUGUCGCUGCUGCUAGUGCUCCACCGGCGGCAUCGCUUUGUCCUUCACCGCCAUCAAGUGGCGCUCCGCACCCGGCAGCUCACAAGGCGGCCCCACCGAAGGUGCAGUACAACUGCAGGUACAACUUCAGUGCCUUACACAAGCCUCGUUCAGUGGAGCAGUGA